GAGUAUAAAUACUGGCGUCUCUGGCACCGCCUUCCCACACUCUCUGGCUCAACUCUCGGCCGCGGUGUUUCCGUUUCUCUCCCUGGUUGUCGCCUGCUCUGCUCUUCUCAUCCUUCUCGCUCUGCUGCUCUGCGGAGUGACGAGGCUGAAUCCUCUCCCCACCCAGUUCGCGCUUUUCUUUUUCUCGCGCCGCUCCAUUUCUCCAGUUCGGCUGCCGCCGCCACUGCUGCUCAGCUGGUGUCGGUGCCGCGCGUUUUCCCCCACGUCGUUCCCGCAGCCUAUGGCCCAGGCCGCCUUGGGUAUUUCUGCUCAAGGUAACCACAUCCCUCUUUAAAAAUUCCGCCGAAAAAGAGAAGACGCUUUACCCGACUCUUUGGGCCGUUAUCUCACGGCGAACUUUCUGACCGAGUAUACAACUACCCAGAAGGCCUAGGAGAAGUGCUGUAUAGAGAGCAGUUUGACUUCAACGCUGAGCCACCUUGGGAACCUAGCUGAUGAUAGGGGGGUUCCAUCUCCUAACUUGUCCAUUUUGUUGCAUAUUCUAAGGACCCAGACAUAGGCUUGGUGGCCCGUCUCUUGUUUUUCCUGGUUUAUGACUUUCGGCUUUGUGGAAUACGGCUGAGAUGAAAGGAUUUAUUGACGAUGCGAACUACUCCGUUGGCCUGUUGGAUGAAGGAACAAACCUUGGAAAUGUUAUUGAUAACUAUGUUUAUGAACAUACCCUGACAGGAAAAAAUGCAUUUUUUGUGGGGGAUCUUGGGAAGAUCGUGAAGAAGCACAGUCAGUGGCAGAACGUGGUGGCUCAGAUAAAGCCGUUUUACACAGUGAAGUGUAACUCUACUCCAGCUGUACUUGAGAUCUUGGCAGCUCUUGGAACUGGGUUUGCUUGUUCCAGCAAAGAUGAAAUGGCUUUAGUGCAAGAAUUGGGUGUAUCUCCGGAAAACAUCAUUUUCACAAGUCCUUGUAAGCAAGUGUCUCAGAUAAAGUAUGCAGCAAAAGUUGGAGUAAAUAUUAUGACAUGUGACAAUGAAAUUGAAUUAAAGAAAAUUGCAAGAAAUCAUCCAAAUGCCAAGGUCUUACUACAUAUUGCAACAGAAGAUAAUAUUGGAGGUGAAGACGCUAGCAUGAAGUUUGGCACUACACUGAAGAACUGUAGGCAUCUUUUGGAAUGUGCCAAGGAAUUUGAUGUCCAAAUAAUUGGGGUUAAAUUUCAUGUUUCAAGUGCUUGCAAAGAAUAUCAAGUAUAUGUACAUGCCCUGUCUGAUGCUCGAUGUGUGUUUGACAUGGCUGGAGAGUUUGGCUUUACAAUGAACAUGUUAGACAUCGGUGGAGGCUUCACAGGAACUGAAGUUCAGUUGGAAGAGGUUAAUCAUGUUAUCAGUCCUCUGUUGGAUGUUUACUUCCCUGAAGGGUCUGGCAUUCAGAUAAUUUCAGAACCUGGAAGCUAUUAUGUAUCUUCUGCGUUUACACUUGCAGUCAAUAUUAUUGCUAAGAAAGUUGUUGAAAAUGACAAAUUUUCCUCUGGAGUAGAAAAAAGUGGGAGUGAUGAACCAGCCUUCGUGUAUUACAUGAAUGAUGGUGUUUAUGGUUCUUUUGCCAGUAAGCUUUCUGAGGACUUAAAUACCAUUCCAGAGGUUCACAAGAAAUACAAGGAAGAUGAGCCUCUGUUUACAAGCAGCCUUUGGGGUCCAUCCUGUGAUGAGCUUGAUCAGAUUGUGGAAAGCUGUCUUCUUCCUGAGCUAAAUGUGGGAGAUUGGCUUAUCUUUGAUAACAUGGGAGCAGAUUCUUUCCACGAACCAUCUGCUUUUAAUGAUUUUCAGAGGCCAGCUAUUUAUUUCAUGAUGUCAUUCAGUGAUUGGUAUGAGAUGCAAGAUGCUGGAAUUACUUCAGAUGCAAUGAUGAAAAACUUCUUCUUUGCACCCUCUUGCAUUCAGCUGAGCCAAGAAGACAGCUUUUCCACUGAAGCUUAAACAGGCAUUAACGCUUCUGUAGAUCUGAAGUCGCAGGUUAAGCUUGUCUGGUCUACAUUCCAGUGUGGGGGAAAAAUUCAAUCAAUCUUUAUUCUGUUAAUUUCUUGGAAACAAAACAAAUUCAUAGUAAUAGCUAUUUGGGACCAGACAAAAUCAGCUUUCAUCUAUAAUUCAUUGGGGGUAAUAGGGGAUUUAGAUAAUGUAUCCAGAUUUAAACAUACCAGUUUGACCCACCCCUUAAGCGUUUAAAAUAAAAUAUGCAACAAAAUGGAUGACUUAGUGGAGAUGGAAGCCCAUUAAUUGGGUUCCCCAUCAAAUCGUUUACAUACAAGUACACAGUUUUUAUAAUAAGGAUUCCUGUUAAAAGUCUUGUAAAGUUGAUGUCUUUCACCCAGAUAUAUCACGUCAGUGGAAGACCAGUGUGACUUCAUUAGAUACGUUUAGUGUAUUUAGAAUGUGUAAAUUUGUGCUUUGAACUGUAGUUUAAUAAAUGUAAAAUUGCAUCAUAGUAUUUGUUGUAUUUGACCUAAUGUAACCCUUGUAUGAUUGCAAUAAAACUUUGUGUAGAUUUUACUGUUUUUUCAGGCUAAAACUUUGGGAAUGGGGCUAGCUAGCAAAGGUAGUUUUGAACUAGUUGUUUGUAUGGUCUGUUUUGAGGGUUAGUUUUCUUUAUAGCCCAUUUAAGUUUGGUUUGGCUCAAUAUGCUUUUUUGGUUUAUUUAAUUAGUAAUUUAAGUAAAAGUGAUCGGUAAUCAUUGUGAAGUUCAUAUUCAUUAUGGAGAGUUGAUGUGCAGUAAGCAUGAUGUUUAACAAUUUUAACACCAAAAAUGUUAAUCCUGCAUAAACCAAUUGUAAUAAUAAUAGGUGUUUCUGUAUAGAUAGGAUGCAUAGAGUACCUUAGUAAAUCUUAGAAUCACAAAUCUUUUGGCUGAUAGAAAAGAUUUUAUUAAACACUGAAAACUUGGAGGGGAGGGGGAAGGAGACUGCAGAAGACUGCAGAACCCUAACCUUAAAGAAGGGCUAUGUCUGUCUAUUUCCAGCAUCCUCAUGCCCCUUCGCACAGAUGUUUAAAUCCAGAGGGCUUUGGGGUGGUGAAGCACACUUUCUUCAAUUUCUCACUUAUAAUAGUAUCAGAUUGGAAUUUUGUUGUUGUUGUUGUUAUUGGUUUGAACCUAGUCCCUUAGUUUCUUAUUUCCCAUUUGUUCAAGCUUAAUAAUUCUUCCUUCGUACUAAAGCUUGGUGGUGGUGGGGAGGAUUUAGCAUCACUAACCUGACACUGUUGCCAGGAACUUUGGCUUUGUUCACUGCUAGUGUGUUAGUCCUAAGUCUCAGAAUCACAGUAGUAAUGAGACAACUUACAGGGGUCACUUUUCCUAACUUACUCUAUGUUCACAAGUGGAAUUCCUGUCCUCCAAGAGGAAAUGUGACUUCACUUUGGUGCCAAUGGACAGACAAUUCUGCCUGUGCUACAUAGGAGAAGUGUGGGAUGCACUUGAACAGCUGGAUUUUACACCUUGAUUUCAAGGUGGAAAGAAAUUGAUCAUGAAUCUCUAAUUUCAAAUCAAACCAGUAGGUGCUUAAUAUUUUUGAUUUGAAUAUGGCCCACUUGAAUAUCAUGGGUUCUAUUAAGUAUAAGAACAACUAAGGACUCCAGCCCACUGACAUCUAGUUGCCCUUGGACUUUUUUCCAAGGUAUAAUAUGGGGUUUUAUGCAAAAUUCCAAGCUACCAUAUACAUUAUUGUAGUCCAGAAAUGCCAAAACUUAACAGCUUGAGUCCUUGGCUUGACUGUACAGGCUUGGUCUUCGUGGCAUAUCAGUUUUGCCGUCUGCAUAGGAGAGUGGUUGUAUGUAACACAGCCCAGAAUUGCUAAUCUCACAUGUGAAUGAUAGGUAAACUUAAGAAUGUCUGUAUUGUAUUUGAAAACUGUUUGCCAUAAAUCUAAAGUCAAACCUAUGUAUUUCAAUUUGGUAUGCUUAAGAAUAAUUAAUGUAAAAUCUUUUUAUAUGAUAUUGUAAUCUCAGUUCAAAUUUAAUUGCAAAUAUAAAACCCAAAUGAUUUCUAUAUAUAGUAAAUUGAACUGUAAAGGUAACUUGUGUGUGAUUCUGAAUACACAGAUAAAAUGUUUUUAUUCCUCAUGCUUUACUUUGAUGGCUUCUAUCAUGAAAUAGACGUGAAAUUUUAUGAAUUAA